AAACCAGUUGGGUUGUGAGGUUCGUCUUAAAGCUGACAUAGAAAUCUUCGUUAGGAAGAUCCUUUCAAAAAAAAAAUUGUAAUCUUUUUGCAAGAAAUAAUGUUCACAUAUGACAAAGUGCAAUUUAUUUAAAGAUUUAUUGUAAUAAUUACCAAAGUUAUUAAGAAAAUAUCUGAAUUUGAAAAAGUAUAUAUAUUUAAAAUAAUAUGAACCAACUUGGUAGCUUUUUAUUACUUUAAAGUUUAAAUGGAAAUGUUGCUGAAGUUGAAACAUGAAUUUUUGCUAUUUUAAACUUUGGUGACCAAAGCAGACACCAGGAACGAUUAUUAUUUUGUAUUUUAUCUCUUUUUGUAAUUCACUCUGUUUAAAAUUUUAUAAAGGGACUACUAUUGAAAAAUGUUAAAACCUUAGGGUUGUUUAUGACAGAACUUCUAAACUUCUGUCUCUGCCACGGUGACUCAGGAUCCUCUUCUUUAUGGCAAUUGAGAGGAUCAAUCUUUUCCUUUUUAGCAUCUCUUAUAAUCUUUUCCUUUCCGGCGACAGACAUAAAAACAGAAACGACAAUUACAACGACCGGUGGCGGAGAAACGGUGGCGAUGGAAUCUCCUUCGGAAAAAAGACUCGAAAUAAUCACGAAAACAACAACCAACAAUGGAAUCAAGUGCAAAGAACGUGAGCGCGCACAACAACGAGGACGACGGGGGAUGUUGCUAGGGAUAGGGUUUUGGAUGCAAGGAUUUCGUUGUUACCCGUGGAUGGCGGUCAUCUUCUUCCUUAAGGACGGACUCCAUGUAGAUCCAUCGACGCUGCAAAUCCUCCAGAAUUCCGCAAAUCUUCCGAUGGUUGCAAAACCGUUUUACGGCCUUCUCUCGGAUUCAUUUUAUAUCUCCGGCCAACAUCGUAUCCCAUACAUUGCCUGCGGAGCGUUUUUACAGGCUGUAUCGUGGUUCUCCAUUGCAUCCCUACCACCUUCAAGCAUCUCCUUCUUCACAAUCACCAUUAACCUCCUCCUCGGAAACCUAGGCGCUUCAAUAGUCGAGGUCGCAAACGACGCCGUAGUAGCAGAAUGCGCGAAGCAACCCGCCGGAAAUUCAGCAUCAUCCUCUUCCUCCGAUCUCCCAUCAUUCGCGUGGGUGGCUGGAUCAAUUGGCGGUGUAAUGGGAAACCUUUUGGGUGGCAUUUCAAUCGAACGAUUCUCCUCACAAACAAUGUUCUUAUUCUUCGGAAUCCUAUUAACUCUUCAGUUCUUCUUCACAAUCUCUGUAAACGAAAAAUCCCUCAACUUACCAAAAAGCAAAUCCAAUCACGGAAUACGAAAACAAUUCUUAGAUCUCUUACUCGUGCUAAGAAAACCCGAGAUUUAUCAACCGAUUUCAUGGUUUGCAGCAUCAUACGCCAUAAUCCCAGCCCUAACAGGAACAAUGUUCUACUACCAAACACAACAUCUAAACAUCGAAUCAUCAGUUCUCGGAAUGUCAAAAGUAUUCGGUCAAGUCGCGAUGUUAACAUGGGGCAUCGUUUACAAUCGUCGUCUAAAAUCCAUCCCCCCACGAAAACUAAUCUCUAUAAUUCAAGCAAUACUGGCGAUUCUAAUGGUGUCAGAUUCACUAUUCGUUUCCGGUUUCUAUCAUAGAAUCGGGAUACCAGACUCGCUAUACGUCAUCUUUGUUUCUGGGGUUCUGGAGGUUUUGUAUUACUUCAAGACUUUACCUUUCAGCGUUCUAAUGGCGAAGCUAUGUCCACCUGGUUGUGAAGGGUCUCUAAUGGCGUUUGUGAUGUCUUCUAUUGCAUUGGCGUUUAUUAUAAGUGGGUAUAUUGGCGUUGCGCUUGCUUCGUAUGUUGAGAUUACAGAAACUGAUUUUUCAGGGCUACGUAAAGCGCUGUUGAUACAGGCGGCGUGUACUGUUGUGCCUCUGUUUUGGUCGUCGUUUAUUCCAGAGAGCCCGAAGGUUGAAAUUGGAAAAAAAGAAGAGUGAAGCAAAGAGUAUAUAUAGAGAUAUGUUCUUUGAUCAUAGACAAAAUUAGUGUAUUUACGUGUAAGUAUUGGAUCUUGUUUACUUUUACAAAAGACAAAUGCACAAAAGGCACAUGGAUCCGGUUAAGGGCAGGACCCGACCCGGCCACCACCAUUACUAGAGACUGGUUAGGAACAAGAUUGGCAUAUUACUAAUUUACUAGGGACCGGUUAGUGUCAUAAUGGUCUUUUUAUACAUAUGAAUUUAUUACCAUCUCUUUAUCUUGUCUUAUAUUUAUUUCAA